CAGACCCCAGAGCAGAGACCCGGACCGCGCGAGAGACACCGUGAGCUCUGAGCACCCUCGUCUGCAAGUUGCUACCAUGGAGAUCAGCCGAGCUGGAGAGGCUCGGAGUAACGGCGAGUCUUGCACCACGUGGAGUGCGCUGUCCUCAGCGCGCACCUCCUCCAUCCGCAGCAAGUCGCCACAAGCAAUCCUGGCUCUCUUUGGCCCUCAAAUGACCCACCGGGAGAAGCUGGAGCUUGCCGCCAUACAGGAAGUAUGGUACUUUGCGCUCCGCAACAGAUCCCGGGGACCAAACAACGAUGGAUACGACGACCACGAACAUCAUUACAUUCCGGUCCAGCAUGAGCACCUCCACUACCGCUAUGAGGUGCUGAAGAAGAUUGGGUACGGAGGUCAAGGCCAGGUGAUCCGGUGCCUUGACCACAUGAGGAACACCCUGGUGGCCGUGAAGAUCUUGGUAUCACCAUUGAGCUCCAAGCGUGAUAAAUUUCAGAGAAUGGAGAUCAAGAUGGCUCUGGCACUUCAGGGCGAGGGCAGUGAUGAGGACUACAACGUCGUCAAAGUCCUGAAAUAUUUUGACUUCAGAGGACACCACUGCAUUGUCCUGGAGCUGUUGAAGGAGAGCCUCCAUGAUGUGAUUAAGGAAGCGGGGCUCCGGCAAUUGCACAUGGGGAUGGUGAAAACUUACACCAGGGGCAUCCUCAAGUUCCUUUGCCACACCAAGGCCAGGAGCAUCAUCCAUGCGGACAUCAAGCCAGAAAAUGUUCUAAUCAAGGAUACCGUGACCGGCACCAUCAGGGUCACGGACUUUGGCACCAGCUUUUUUGUGAAAAGUCAACCUCUUUAUGUUGGUGGGACCCGGCCAUUCCAAUCUCCGGAGGUAUUGCUGGGCUACAGAUUGACCUGUGCAGUGGACAUGUGGGCACUGGGCUGCACGGUGGCGGAGUUGGUGACCGGCAGGGAAUUAUUCCAGUCGGACAGCCGCGACGACCACCUCCCGUGCUGCAUGGAGAUCCUCGGGUUGCCUCCAAGAUGUAUGAUGGAUGCAGCUCCUGACGGAAUGCACUACUUUGAUCGUGUGGGCAUGAUGUUCUGCCCAGUCAAGAGAAGGGUGCCAGGGAGCUUGUCACUUCACGGGGCACUCAAUAGCCACGACCCGGAGUUUGUUGAUUUCGUCAGCUCUUGCCUGCGAUGGGAUCCGGAUUGUCGCAUGACGCCAGCGCAGGCGCUGGGUCACAGCUGGCUCCGGACCGCGGCCACCAGCACCACCAGCACCACCAGCAACGCCACCACCACUGCUACUCCUGGCAGUGUACAGUGUUUUGGAGCUGCUGAGCGACGAGCGGAGCCGGCGCUGCCCCCAUCCUCCGCGCUUGCCCAGGCCUCUAAAUGGCUGACGGUUGUUGUGGAGGAAGAGGAGACUCCGGUGGAGGAGCUGUUGGUGCAGGAGGAGGAGACCCUGGUGGAGGAGCUGGUGGUGCAGGAGGAGAAGACCCUGGUGGAGGAGCUAGUGGUGCAGGAGGAGGAGACCCUGGUGGAGGAGCUGGUGGGAUAA